CAUGUCAAAUGAUGAAUACGAUUACGAUACAAUCCCGGCUAGGGUGUUGAACGUAUCAAGUAGAAAUCUUCUAAGCAGAAUGCUGAAUCCUCAAAUGGAAAUACCUACUUCGAAAUAUAUAUGUAAGGAUUAUCGAGGUUUAGCCGAACUAAUGAAUUUCGAUUAUAUGACAAUUAAAAGUUUCGAAGCUACAGGAAAUCCGACAAAGAAAAUCUUUGAAGAAUGGGAGGUAUUGCCAAACAGCACUAUUGGAAAAUUAAAGCUUCUUUUAGAAGAAAUUGAAAGAUACGAUGUAAUCGAAGACAUGCAACAUUUAAUUGAACAGGACGUAAGAACAUAUCUAUCGAGGAAUCAGAGAUUACAGGAAGCUCCACUUCAAGUCGCCGAAAUUUCGUCGGGACCAAAGGACUUGUCCGAACUUGACGAUCCUAACGUAUUGACUGUGGAUGAUAUAAAUAUUCGAUGUCAAAACAAUGAUGACUGUGAUGUUGCAUACUUUGACGCUUAUGUUUGCUAUGCAGAAAAAGAUGCAGAGUUUGUCUAUAUGUUAGCAGAAUAUUUAGAAAGACCCGAAGUUGGAAUCAAAUUAUGUCUCAAAGAUCGUAACUUGAUGCCGGGGGUCAAUGUUUACGAAGCUAUUGUUAAAAUAAUUGAUGAACGAUGCAAUCGUAUGCUUGUUAUCUUAUCACCGGAAUUUUUGCAAAGUGAGGAGUGCAAGUUUCAAACAAGAUAUGCGACAGGAUUAGCCAUCUCCCAAUUAAAAAGGAAAUUGAUACCAUUGAUUUACAAACCUUGCGAGAUGCCAUCUUUAUUACGAUUUGUUUCCGCGUUGGAUUUCUCAAGAGCCUUCAUAUGUAGUUGGGCAUGGAGAAAUCUGUUAGCCUCUAUCAAAAAUACAGUCACUAAUGACAUUCCAUUGCCAUCUCCCGAGUUUUGUCCGGCUCUGUAUAACGCUUCAUUUAAUGCUUAUUCUAGAAAUUCAGACGCGAGUCUUCUAAUGUUGCCAGCUCCCAGUCAAAGUAAAAAACAAAUUGCUAGUCCACAACCGAGCGUCUCCUUUCCACCGUCGUCAACCUAUUCUUUGUCUUCUAUUCCUUCCAUAUCGUCGAUAGUUAUAACAUCUGCUUCUAAUUCUGUGCAGUCUGCAUCCAAUUCUAUGCAGUCUACUGCUAGUUCUAUUCAGUCAACUGCUAAUUCUAUUCACCCCGCUGUUAAUUCCGUCCAUUCAAAUAAAAAUACAUCCACUUCGCGAUCUAAGUUGUCGAGAUUUGUUGGAAAAUUCAGUUCUUCCUCCUCUUCUGCUAAUAAUAGCUCUUCUGGAAAUACUUCCAGUGGAUUUCAAAGUCAAAGUGAUUCCAGUUUUGUACACUCUGACAAUCUUAUAGAAGAAUUUAUCUGAGAGUAUAUUUUUAUAAAAGAAACUUGGGAUUAUUUACAGUAAAACCUGCAUAAACGGGAAAAAUUCUUCGGAACGGAUCGAUUUUCUGUAUUUUACAAAAACUUAUUCAAAGCGAAAACCUGCCAAACCGGAAAAAAUAUUCCGGUUUACGCAGGUUUUACUGUAUAUGUUUUAUACUAAAACAUACGAAAGAAUUUUAUGAUCUAGUACGACAAGUUUGAAAUUUCUGUCAAGUAAAUGGCAUUAAAUGAAGUUCAUAAACGAAAUUUUUACUUUAGGCCAUAUAAUAUAUGAAAAUAUUGUAAAUUAUCAGCUAUAAAAACUAUUUUUAUAGCUGA